CUGCCGUUUAUCGCUCCCUGCGUUCGUUUUCUGUCUUCGCCCCUCGUCGCCGGGGGGACCCGGGCGAAGUUAGCCCCCUGUCUGCCCUCUUGAGAGCCGGGUUAGCCCGCCUCGCGGUCCUCCGGGUUGGUUCAGCGUUUUGACCGCUCCACCAGUCAAAGGAAACGAAUCAUAACAUUGAAAACUUCAGUCAUCAUCAUGCACGUGUCUAACUACCACAAGAUUUGUGUGAUUUGAAAAGACAAAUAGAAAAAAGACAGAGGAAUACAAGAACUCAGUCAAGAGACCGAAACGACAGUAGCACAGUGUUGAGAAAUGGCCAGCACCCAGACCAGUUUGAAAACGCCUUUCAAAGACUUGACCUCAUUCAAGGGCAACAUGAAGCGGCUGUACAGAGAGCGACUGGAAGUGGCGCCCAUCAAGAAGCGAGUGAUGGCAGAGAUCAACCUGAAGCGGCGCAGCUUGGACCCCCUCCCGAAAACCCCAAAGGUGAAGAGGGAGCAGGUCGAGGAGGUGUGCCACGACUCUGACAUGGAUGCGGAGGCCCGGGCGGAGCUGCACAUGGCGGGUUCUGCUAAAGCCCUAGACUUGAGUCCCGGGCUUAAACACACGCUGGCCCAAUUCACCCUGAGCAGCCAGAGCUCACUCGGGGGCCCGGCGGCCUUCUCAGCCCGCACUGGUCUUGAGCAUUCCCCGGGCGGCAUGCCCCCCCUGCCCUCUCCUCCUGUCCUGGGAGGGGGCCCUCUGCUGGUUCCCUGCGACAGCUCCACUGAACUCACCCACUCGCUGCUGGAAGGAGAGUCCAUCUCCUGCUUCGUUGUCGGGGGGGAGAAGCGGCUCUGCCUUCCCCAGGUGCUCAACUCCGUGCUCCGCGACUUUUCGCUGCAGCAAAUCAACACUGUGUGUGACGAGCUCUACGUCUACUGCUCGCGCUGCGACGCCGAGCAGCUGCACAUCCUCAAGGUGCUGGGCAUUCUGCCGUUCAACGCACCUUCCUGUGGCCUCAUCACGCUGACGGAUGCACAGCGGUUGUGCAACGCUCUGCUGCGUCCUGGGACGGCCUUGCCCGCGGACCCGAGCGGUAAGCUGCUGACCCAGGGCCUGCUGAAGGAGAGCGAAGCCAGUUUCCAGGUGGAGCACCAGUGUUUGGGGAAGUGCCAGGGUCUCUUCGUGCCCCAGUUCUACACCCAGCCCGAGGCUCCCUGCAUCCAGUGCGUCGAGUGCCAGUUGCUCUUUUCACCACAGAAGUUUGUCAUGCAUUCGCACAGGUCACCUGAUAAGAGGACCUGCCACUGGGGCUUUGACUCAGCCAAGUGGCCCUGCUACCUGCAGCUGGCCAGGAAGUACCAAGGCAUGCCCGAGGAGUCAAAGCUCAAGCAGCUCCUGGACGAGGUCAAAGAGAAGUUCCACUACCAGCUCAGGAGGUUGCUAGACAAAAAGGCAGUAGAGGAGGAUGAGGAGGAGGAGGAGGGCCAGGUGAGGAAACCCUCGGCUGAUCGCUGCUCCCCCAGCAGCAAGUUGACUGAUGCCGACCCCGCGAGAAAGGGUAAAACAUCGCCACCUACCAUGGUGUUCAAUCGCCUUUUCACAGACGUCAAGGAGGAGCCAGGACACCCCACCCUGGUCCAUCCCAGUUACUACCUGUACACAUACGAUAAGAUGGUGGCUCCCAACGUGUCUCUGCAAAGGGAGGCGGAGAUGAGCCCCGAGAUGUUCGGUGCGCUGCUCAAACACCACUACAGCUACAGAGCGCUGGGCCACGACGAGCCACCCAUGGAUCUACAUGCGUCGCCUCCCGCUGCUGCUGGCGCCGAGGAGGCCAAAUCCCAACGUGCUGCCUCGGCCAGCGAGCGGGAAUGCCAAACCCAGGCAGUUUCCAUGGAGACAAGCAGUCAGAGCCGCAAGAAAGCCACCCACACCCCCGCCCACACCCCUCCUCCGCCUCAUGCUCCUAUGUCGUCGGUAGCGGAAGUAGCGGCAAAGGAGAAGGGGUCUGCCCUGAGCAUCGCUGCUGUGGGGGGGCUGGAGGACGACAAGGACAAAAUAGUUGUGGAGAUCAUGCAGAUGUACAGCAGGCAGCAGGAGAAGCUCAACUCCACCCUGCACAAGCAGCUGCAGCUGGAAAUGGAGAUGGAGGCGGUACGGGGCGGCGAAGCGGCGAGGCUACGGGAGCUGAGCGCCGAGCAGCGGGAGCUGCGCAGCGAGCUGGAGGCGGUGCACAGUGAACAGGCACGGCACCUCAGCCAGGCCCGCCAGGAACAGCUGGAGCUGGAGACCCGUCUGGAGCAGCUCCGACAGCAGGCCUGCGCCUGCGAGCCGGGGGCACAACGCCAGCAAGAGGCCCACUACGCCGCACAGUUGUCGGAGCUGCGUCAGAGGCUGGAGCGGGCGGAGACGGACCGGCGGGAGCUGCAGGAGGAGCUGCGACGGGAGCGUGAGGCGCGGGAAAAGCUGGAGCACACAAUCACUCAGCUCAAGCAGCAGAUGGUCCAUUCUGCCAUAGCGGGAGGCAGCCCCUCUCCUCCUCUCACCCCCUCAACCGGACCCCCUAACUCCCACUGCCCGCCCUCCUCCUUCUCGGAGGCCCCUGCGGCUGGCCAAAAGUAACUGCCACCCCCCCUCACAGGCGCCUGCCUCAUUCCUCUCCCGAUCACCCGCCAACUCUACAGACACAAACAAAUCAGCCUAAAGCAGAGAGGAGCUUUGCAUCUCGUCAGGCUGCUUUUGAAGGUUGUGCAUUUCACCCCUACCUUGUAUUUCAGCGUAGGACUGACUUUUGAUUUUGUAAUUUAACAUCAGUUAAAAAAAAGAAGUUUUCUGUUUCUUUUAUUAUCCUUUUAUUUUUCUCGCUCCUUUAAACCGUAUUUAAAGUUUUCUGUUUUUGUUUUUGGGCAUGUACGUUUGAUAUAAUUUAUAGUUUUUACAGAACAAACAGCUGCUUUAGAUGUGAAGGUCAAGUAGAGACUAACUCACCCCAUCUCUAUUUGCCUUCCCGACCCCCACCUCCCACGACAGUUGCCCGCCUCCCCAUCCCUUCUUGCUCUAUUCUGGAGCUACAGACUUUAAGAUUAUAGACCGGAUAAGAUAAGUUCGGACGCUGACUCGUCUCGGACGUCUCUUCGUGCCACCACCUCAGACACACGUUGGCGCCGGGCAGCGCCCCCCUUUUUUCGGUCACUUACUUACAGCCCCGACACCCCAGUACCAGCGACCGCAGGAAACCGCCCGGGCAUUUCACCACAGCUUUUCUUGCUUUGCUCAUAAAACGCAGGAAGAAAGACGCAACAACACGUCAAAGAAUAUCAACUCCGGAGAAAGACCCUAACUGUAAAAAAAAAAAAAAACACACACCAGGUAGCUAACUAGUGACUCGUCUGCUCCUCACACGGGCUAGGUUCCCUCUGGACUCUCCUGUCAUAGACCAAACAGUCUGAGACACACACAUACACUCACCUUCCACCGCUCAGCUGGGAAACUCCAUAACACUGUGGUUUUCACCCACUUUAGGCCAGACAGGAAACACUGUGCUCCUUUCAAGGCCUGGCAUGAAGAAGCUCACGGGCAGUUUUAUGCACUUAAUAGGCUCUCCUCCACCCCAGAAUCCCCCGGGGAAGGACGCAACUGGACACAGGAGCCGUUGGAACCGGUUUAUCUUUUCUUCGAACGAGGGAAAUGCAGAGUGUGGUAGCUGGACUGUGUCACCGUAAUACAUGUGACCUCCUCACAUGCCCGCACACAACGGCCCCGGCGUUCCCAGCAGACGAUCAGAGCUCCACGCGGUCCCUCUUUUGUUUUCUGGGCUUCUCGUCGUUUUGUAUCGCUUGACUUCAUUGCCAGCGGACGGUUUUUCAUCCACCGUCUUUCAGAGCGUCGUCUGAGAAUGUGGGUCGCAGGUGAAGGGCAGUUAGCCCGGGUGGUUUGGGCCUCAGGUCCGGCCCCAUUGGGCAGGAAGAGAUGCCAACCCCCCCCCCAAUCACCCUGGGUGGCCCAGACGCCACGAGUACGGGGGGGAGCCUUUUUUGUUUGGUGCAGUGAGAAUGAGGGCAGCUGUUGUAGUCUGUAGGCCUCUGCCCGCCGUUGGGUGAGACUGUACACCACCCCCCCUGGCCCCCCCUCUCACCCAAAAUCUCUCUACCCUCCCUCGUCCCCUCCCAUAAAAGGACCGUCAUUCACACACACACUCACACAUACCCGGCCAUCCAUCCCCAGAUCAGCUGGGGGCAGGCGGUGUUUUGUAGAUGCCCAGGAGAGCGAGCAGACGUCCAGUCAGAGGAAGAGAAGACUUCUAUUGUCAGUUGCCAGGCAAAAGUACUUUUUAUUGCCACUAAGGAGAUCCCUGUGUGUGGAUGUGUGUGUGUGUGCGCGUGCCUAUGGGAAUAAUUGUUUAAAAAGAGAAAGGGAUCGGCCUCAGCUAAGCUUUUUUUUUUAUGCAUCUGCUAUGAAUGCAAAUCAAUAGACAUUCCACUGUGCUCCCUCCUGUUCAAUGCAGAUUUUCUUACACCGCUUCCCUUCACAAUAACAGACCGGGCAGAGUACAGUUAUGGUUUGUUGAUUGUCAUAAAAGCAGGUGCAAGCCAGCAAAAUCAAACCCACGCUGCAAAUGUACACUCUACUGUUCCAUUUAAACCUUUAAUGAAAUUCUGAAAGAAAAUAUUUAACGUAUUAACUAAAGAUUUAUAUUCACUUUGUAAAUACAGUAGUCAUUAAUAUAUUAACUGUUCUAUGAAAAAUCUUUAAAAGGUUAUAGAAAUUGGACCAGAACCAAGGCUCCAGAUGUUUUUGCUUUCUUUUUUUAAAAAGUUAUCAGGACAUGACUUGUCGAGUAGGUGUGACGGGAGUGAAACGCAUGGUUUACUGAGACAAAGGCAAGAUAGGAAUAUAAUACUUUGUUACACACACCCCUAUUUUGAAAUGAUACUUUUUUUUUGUGGAUUUCAUCUUGACUGACUGUUGAACGUGUAAUGUAAUGAGCUUUUCCCCUUUAUUAAACCCCUUCCCCCUCUGAGAUAAAUUGAAAAUGAAACAUUUGUUUAAGGAAAUGCAUUUUUGAAGAAAAAAAAAACUAAACAAAAUGUUUUUUUCUUUUUUAUGCAUGUUUUGCUGCCCCUUAGGUUUUGUGUCAACGGGCUAAUUAAACAAUUUUUUAUUGUAAAAAAAGAUGAUGUUUCCCCUCACGUAACACACAAACUAUUGAGACGGCUCAUAUGCAUGAACAUUAAACAUGUGCAAGUUUUAUAUCAUUAUUGGUUUACAGGUUGACGAGAUAUUAAUUCAGAUUGUGAAGAACGUAAAAUGUAGCCUAAUUUGAUUUGUAAAUGAGAUGUGCGUAUGAGAGCGAGAGACCGUGUGCGUUUGUGUGUGUGUGUGUGUGUGUGUGUGUGUGUGUGUGUGUGUUGGCCUCCCACGUCUUACUGACACACAGCAGCUUUGUAAAGGGAAAGAAAAUAAUUUGCUCAUGUAGCUUUGGACUUCUGGUCAUUUAUUCCUGUCCUGGUGUGUGAACAUCACUUAAAAUAUCAUCAGUAUUAGUUUUACUGUCUUCAGAGGCACCUAAAAAAAUCUUUAAACCCAUCAGAUGAGCAGACAACCAAUGUUUGCUCUGAAUUUACUUUGUGUAAUUUGCAUUUAAUACACAAGGGGGCGAUGAUGAGCCUCUUUAAUGAUAGUCCAGUUUAAUAGAAGGACUAAAAGAAAGCAGAGAAAGAUCCAUUGAUCACUGUCUGCUGGGCCUUUUUUUGCAUUUUGCAGUGUUAUGAAAACUUAGAUAUGCUUUGUACAGAAUUUUUACAGGUUUGACGUUUGCCCAAAAGACCAGAAAAACAAGGUGAACUGAGCAAAGUUUUACAACAUGGACACAUUUGAAUACAGGAUUUACAUACUCUUUGUCUCCUGGCUAAGUUGAACAAAUGAGUGAACGAAUCCAAGGUAACCUUUGUAUUGUUGCAAGAGCUUUUUAGUUGGCUCAGUCAUUUUCAGACAAUUAUUCUGUGGCAGUGUGGGAGGAACCAGGAAGUAUGGCUGCAUUGCUGAUUGAUCACAAUGCAGAGAAUGGGUGUACCACGUUUUAAUUUAUAGACAUCCUUCUAUAAAUAAAAAAUAUAUAUAUAUAUCAUGGCUUUGCUAAAAAUAACCUUUUCCCCUUGAUACUGUUCAGAAACAUGAAACACAGUGUCUGUGUUUGACCAUUGCAUACUAUGUUGCCAAUACUACAGUGUGAAGAGACUUUUGUUCUUGCAUGAAUCGAGACACUGUUCUCCUACCUCAUGUUGUGAUAUAAAAAAUAUGUUUUUUAAGCAGAAGAAGCUGCAUCUCUAACUGUUUAUCAUCAUGGAUAUUUACUAGUAAAUGACAUACCUGUAAAUGCUUUUAGCUAAUACCUCAGUUGUAUCUAGUGUUUGUUUCUUUCUGUUUGCCCUUCCCUGAUUUCAGAUCUUGUAAAUAUAUACACUGUAUAGAUAAUGAACUUGGAUCAAAUUCAAGUAAAGUUCUGUAGUGUCAAA